AUGUUGCUGGCCAUCGACAACACCAACUUGCCUGUUAUCCAGUCUACCCAGAAGAAUGUCACCCCCGAUAGAGUGACAGUCCCCACUCAACCGGAAGAGUUUUCUCCUAAGACGCCAGUUGGCAGUGCUGCGUAUGAAGCGCCAUUCGUGCUGGAAGAUGGCUCAGAGUCGACCAGUGCGCUGGCCUCCUUGCAGUCCACGAUGACUGAGAUUCGCGUGCUGUUCACUCGUACAGCGCAGAACAUCCUUCGCCACCGCUCUUUGCUGGUGCAGCAUGUUGUACUGAGCUUGGUGCUCGCUCUAUUCGGCGGGUUGAUCUUCAACAACGUAUCCGACAACCUCGCUGGCUUCCAGAACCGUAUGGGCGCUUUCUACUUCAUUCUGACGUUCUUCGGCUUCGCAAGCUUGAGUUCCAUGGAUUUAUUCAUCUCGGAACGUCCGAUCUUCCUCCGCGAGACUGGAGCCAUGUACUACGGCGCCUUCAGUUAUUUCUUAGCUAAAAUGACGCUCGACUCGCUGCUGCUUCGAGUGCUUCCUGCGUCCAUCUUUGCCUGUAUCUUCUACUGGAUCAUGGCCCUGCAAGCUUCAGCUGAGCGCUUCUUGCUCUUCUGGCUGACUUUGUGGUGCUGCUGA